AUGUGUAGAUUCAUGGUCUACAAAGGCAAAGAUGAGAUCCUCCUCUCGGAGCUCAUUCUGAACCCCUCCCACUCCAUCCUCACACAGUCCUUUGACUCGCGCCUCCGCCUAGACCGGCGCCGCCCACACAACGGCGACGGCUUCGGUAUCGGGUACUACACCUCUCCCUCACUCGGUCUCACACCCUGCGUCUUCACCUCCACAAUCCCAGCAUGGAACUGCAUAAAUCUCUCGCGCAUCGCUUCGAAAACAACAUCCUCCCUCAUCUUCGCCCACGUACGCGCUACAACAGAGGGUAACCUCAGCGACAGCAACUGUCACCCUUUCUCCUACAAGUCCCUCAUGUUCAUGCACAAUGGUGGCAUCGGGUGCUGGAAGCAAAUCAAACGCCGGCUUGCUAUGAGCCUAGACGAGAGGUGGUUUAAUGUUGUGGGCGGCAGCACGGAUAGUGAGUGGGCGUUUGCUACGUUUUUGGAUUGUUUGGAUAAAGCUGGGAUAAGCCCGGAUAGAGAUGUUGAAGCUGGUGUGGGUUUCGGACAUACGGUGCUGAGGAAAGCGUUGCUGAAGACGAUUGAGCGGCUUAAUGGGUUCAUUAAAGAGGUUGUUGGGGAACAGGGUGGCGGGGUGGGCGAGGAAGAUAGUAGGAGUCUGCUUAACUUUGCUGUUACGGAUGGUGUUAGUGUAGUUUGCUCACGGUAUGUGAGUAGCAGGACGGAUGAGGCAGCGAGCUUGUUCUUCAGUAGUGGGACAAGUUGGAGGGAACUUAAUGGUGCUCCGUCUCAGGGUUCAGAUGCCGGUGCUUCGUCUGUUGACGAUGAGGAAAGGGAGAGAGAUUACGUUAUGGAACGCAGGGACAAAGGGUCGGAUAUCGUGCUUGUGGCUAGCGAGCCAUUGACGUUUGAACGUGACAACUGGGUCACUGUUCCAACAAACAGUACUCUGACCAUCUCCAAACAAACUGUCAUGAUUCAUCCUAUUGUCGAUGAGUUCUACAGUCCUAAUCCUGCACAUGAGAGGAGUGCGAACUUUGCUCAGGCCAAGGGGCAGACAGUUACAGGGAGCGACAAGAGGGUUUUAGGGGUUGUGGGAGAGGUGGCCUAG